UCUGAUUCUGAAAUCUCGACCCUCCUUACCUCCGAGGGACGAUAAAACACGCACAGACGAGUCCUCUGCGUCUGCAGCGCUCCUGGUGUGGGCAAAGAGGUACUGCAACAACAUCCAUCACAACAUCCAUCUCUCUCCUCCUCUCUCUCUCCCUCUCUCGGUCCCUCCCCCUUCUCCUCCUUGCUGUUACCGGACAGACCGGAGCAGCAUCCCCGCGUUAUUGUAGCCAGGCUUCCUUCAGCUGUUCCCGCUGCACCUUCGUGAGCCGCUCGCCCCUUCAGUGAAGCGAACCCAAAGCGCGAUCACAGCAGCGGUGCGUGGAGCCCGGAGAGGCGGAGACGCGAGUGAGCGUGGCCGGGAUGAAGCAGGAGCGCACGGACCGUUUCCUCCGGUAAAAGAGCGGAGCAGGAGCCUGGACAUCACCGGCGGGAAGCGGAGGCGGAGGAGGGGGGGAAUUCGGGGAUACAGCCAUGGCGAUGGGAGGAGGAGGCGGAGGUGGAGGAGUGAGGCGCAGGAGGAGGAAAGCGAGGCUCCCGGGGUUCUGCUGGAAGACCUGCUACUUCCCGCUUUUGUUCUGGGUCGUUUCCGCGUGCGGGGAGGAGAAGACGUUCAUCGUGGAGACGUGGCUGAAGAACUACGGCUACCUGCUGCCUCACGACGUUCGGACAUCAGACCUGCGGCAGGAGAAGGCCAUGCAGUCUGCCGUGGCCGCCAUGCAGCGCUUCUACGGCAUCCCUGUGACGGGAGUGUUGGAUGAGACGACUAUCGAGUGGAUGAGGAGACCUCGCUGUGGCGUCCCAGAUCAUCCUCACACCAGCCGGCGGCAGAGGAACAAACGCUACGCGCUGACGGGACAGAAGUGGAGAGAUAAAAGGAUCUCGUACAGCAUAUCCAACUUCACCCCCAAAGUUGGAGAGAAGGACACCCAGAGAGCGAUUCGACAAGCCUUCAAUGUGUGGCAGGCCGUCACUCCGCUCUCCUUCCAGGAGGUGCCGUACUCGGAGAUCAAGAACGAGGGCAAAGAGGCUGACAUCAUGAUCUUCUUCGCCUCUGGUUUCCACGGUGACAGCUCCCCGUUCGACGGAGAGGGGGGCUUCCUGGCCCACGCUUACUUCCCCGGCGCCGGCAUCGGAGGAGACACGCACUUUGACUCCGAUGAGCCCUGGACGCUUGGCAACGCCAACCACGACGGUAACGAUUUGUUCCUGGUGGCGGUGCACGAGUUGGGGCACGCGUUGGGUUUGGAGCACUCCAACGAUCCCAGUGCCAUCAUGGCUCCCUUCUACCAGUACAUGGACACGCACAACUUCAAGCUGCCGCUGGACGACCUGCAGGGCAUUCAGAAGAUCUACGGCAUCCCCACAGCCAUGCUGGAACCCACCCGGCCGUUACCCACCUUACCCUCUCGACGGACGCAUUCGACCUCCGAGCGCAAGCACGACCGGCAUUCCCGUCCGCCGCACCCGCCCGGUAACCGGCCCGCACUGCCUGGAAACGGCAAACCCAACAUCUGCGAUGGCAACUUCAACACUGUGGCCUUCUUCAGACGGGAGAUGUUCGUGUUCAAGGACCGAUGGUUUUGGCGUCUCAGGAACAACAAGGUGCAGGAGGGCUACCCCAUGCAGAUCGAUCAGUUCUGGAAAGGCCUGCCACCUCGCAUCGACGCCGCCUACGAGAGGACUGACGGCAAAUUUGUCUUCUUCAAAGGUGAUAAAUACUGGGUGUUCAGGGAGGUGACGGCUGAGCCAGGGUACCCUCACAGCCUGAUGGAGCUGGGCAGCUCCCUCCCCAAGAGUGGCAUCGACACGGCGCUGCGGUGGGAGCCCGUCGGGAAAACGUACUUCUUCAAAGGGGACCAGUACUGGCGUUACAACGAGGAGAAGCACACCACAGACGCAGGAUACCCCAAACCCAUCACUGUGUGGAAGGGAAUACCGGACGCUCCGCAGGGGGCCUUCAUCAGCAGGGAGGGAUACUACACCUACUUCUACAAGGGGAAGGAGUACUGGAAAUUCGAUAACCAGAAGCUGACUGUGGAACCUGGAUAUCCAAAGUCCAUCCUACGUGACUGGAUGGGCUGCGAUCAGUCCGACAUGGAGCGCUCCGGCAACAACGGUAACCCCGGGGACCGCCAGCUGCCCCCGGAUGAUGUCGGCAUCAUUGUGACCAUCAACGACGUCCCCCCGACAGUCAAUGCCAUCGCCGUGGUGAUCCCUUGCAUUCUGUCGCUGUGCAUCCUGGUGCUCGUGUACACGAUCUUUCAGUUUAAAAACAAAGGAGUGCAGCAAAACACCAUGACACAGCACUACUAUAAAUACCCUGUUCAGGAGUGGGUAUGACAGCCAACUUGAUUCAGAAUAGGUCAAAGGUCGUGGAUUGAAGGACGGUCGAGCUGUAGUCAUGCGUUAGCUAGGCUAAUGGCCAAAAAUGCUAGCAAAGGACAAAAAGCUAAUGAAUGCUUAAAGAUGUACGCACACUCACAAGGUGUUUUUGGGAGUGGAUUCAGAUUUCUGGCUCAGAGUGGGAGAGAUUUGUUUCUUAUAGCACAUCCAGAACGAUCUAAAAGUCUUCAAAAUGCAUCUUUCUGGUUGUGCUUUCACUUAAAAUGGGAUCGUAUGAGGGGGAAACAUAAACUUUGACACCUUCUUCUGGGACGUACAACACACCGCUCUCCUGCUCAGUGAACAUUUAAAAAGAGGGGAGAAAGAAAGAUGCUCCUCUAAGCCAGAUAUCACCUCCAAGUUUGUUUUAACAACUUGUAUAUGUGAACUGCUACAAGUCAGAUGAAAUUUAAAGAAAAAAAGAGAAACAGUUUCAACUAUCAAACUUGAAAAUAAAAUAUAGGUAGAAAGGCCAUAACAAAAAAACCAAGGAUCUCUCUGUGGAUCACUGAUGUUUGUUUGAUUUGCGUUCAGCUGUUCUGAGAUGUUAAACUGUCAAAGAGGACCUUUUCUCUCUUUUUUCACCAUUCACAAAAAACAUCACUAUUGUCUUGGUCCAUCUAAAGUUCCCCUCAGCUAGCCACAUUUUUUUCAAAAAGCAAAUGCAUUGGUUUACACUGCCUGUUUACACUGAUUGGUUUCUGCAGACGUAGAAUAGCAAGUCAUCGGCGUAUAGACGUGGAAAAGCUCUACAGUCUUAUUAAUAUGCUGCACAAAAACAGGCCCUGUGAUUAGCAAAAUGCUAACACUAAACUUCUUAAACAUCCUCUCAGAUUUAAGGAGCUCUAUAAAUCCAUGAAACGCCUCAUGAGACAUUUUUUUUAAUGAUUGUAGAAAAUAUCAUUCAUGAAGCACCAUGGACCAGGAAAAAGGAUUUAUGCCCUCCCUGUGCAUUUUACUUGAAUCUUGUUUCCUUUCAUGGCAUGUAGCAGUGGUGCUAACCACAACAGAAAGUUCAGAGUGAGUUCCUUUAAAACCAUUUCUUUGACUUAGCUUUUUUACCAGCAGGAGAUUUUCUUUCUGUCCCUUUUUAUAUGUUAUAAAAUAUAUCGGACUGUUGUUACUGGACACGCAGAGAAAAGCUACUCGUGUUUAUGCAGCUACAAACAUAUCACUGGGUAAAUUGUGAGGGUUUAUUUUUGAGGAAUGAACUUUAAAGUAACCUCGUGUCUGAUUGGCUCUUCCUCCUCUGAACAUACAUGUGAUUAAUAAUGAUUUCAGAGCUUCUCUUAAAUGUUACAUAAUAGUCAGUAUUUAUUCUCACCUCUGACUUUGUGUUUUACCACGGCACGCACACCAAACUUAUUUUAGUUAUGACCCAAUCAGAGUGAAAAUAAGACGACAGCCUCUUUGUAACUAGAAAAAAAUUGGUGAAUGUUUAUCGGUGUGGUGACCGAUUACUUACGACUGCACGGGUCACCUGGUGAGGGAUACUUAGUAUCCUCGUCAGUUCAACAUAAGGAGAUACUGAGCAUGAGCAUUUCUGCAGAAAGGGGUUAAAGCAGACACAACCUUCAGUCUAUUAACACGAUGGAAAAAUGAUUUGGUGGAAACUUUACUAAAUUUGCAGAGAUGUUUCUUCCAAAGCAUAUUUUCAGUUUUCUAUAAAUGUCAUUAAUGAAAGACUAAUUACAGUGAAGAAAGGCAGGAAAUACAAAGUUAAAGGAGAGGUUUGACUGCAGGGAGCUGGAGACAGUGCGUGGGUCUGCAUUAGUAUGCCGGCUGCGGCGCCGCGACAUUGACCAAGCUUAAUGAAGUACUUCUGUUCACAAAGCUCUAAUAGGGGCUACAUGCCCUUCGCAUCCCUCGCUUUAAUCCGACUGUCUUUUCUCGCUGUCCUGCUGUAAUUCUCCUCAUCCGUCCGGCCUCUCGUCUCUUUGUCCUUCUAAUCGUUUCCCCCUUGACCUCCUCCUGAAUCCAUCAGGGCUCCUCUCUUGUGUGUUUUUUUUGGGUUUUUUUAGGAUUUAAAUCCAUCUGUACGAAGCCCUCUGUCAUGUCCAGUGAGCACCACUAACUCGAUCCAACUUGAUUUGACAAGCGAUUUCACUGUGGAGGCUACAGUGUGGUGUAAAAAAGUGCCAAUAUUCCUCUUUGUCUUUAGCUCAACUUGGCAGGUUUUAUGGUUUUAAACAUCUUUACGUGUUAGUUUUGUGCAAAUAUGCUCAGUCAUCUAUCACAAUAUGAAGUUAUAUGGAUGCAUUUAAAGUGGGAAGUUAUAUGAUAUGUGUUUGGGAUUGGUACAUUAAGAUUUGUUAGGACGGACUGAAAUCUACAUCCAGUCUGUUUCCACUUAGCUCCUUUGAAAUGAAAAAGUGUUUCUGGAUUUUAGGGAGUAAGUUUGGACGUUUCUAACAGCUGCCGAGUGAGACGCCAACAUAAAGAUGUCUGUGCUGUUUGAUGAAAAGUUUUAUCCAUCUGGCCUCGCAAAGGCAGCGAUGUACCCUCAAAGAAGCAGAUUUGAGUCCUGUUAUGUAACACUACAGCAGCGCUGCGGUGCUAACUAUAAAGCCUGCUUUAUUUAAACACACAAGCUGCUCAUUUAAAUGCCAUUAACCCUCCUAACAUGACUCAUAAUGGUUUGUGCGGAGGCCAUUCUGCUCCCCAAAGGGGCUUUGGAGUCCCCCGUCCGUGACCUCGCACCUCCAGCUAAAAAACACCGCUGGGACAUCCCGACUGAGUCACUGUUUAUCCAGACGCAGCUGAACAUUUAUACAGGCUGCUUUAAGCCCAGGCAAACACAAUGUCCCUGUUUUAUCUUGUUCCUAAAACACUUAAUGAUGUGAUUCCUGCACAAGUAGGUGCAACAAACCUACUCGAGACUCCAAACAUUUAAAAAGGUUUCCCUCUCUCUACCCUGCCUUCGUCGGCUCAUUCACAAAGCUCUCUGUCCUGCAGUAAUUGAAUGUGUUCUCGGCGUAUAUCCUUGCAAUUACUCGCUGCUGUCGAGAGCAAUUCAGCACACGCAGCAUUCAGCACAAAUCGAUGGCAUUCAAUACCCCGCAGCACUAUUUCGACUAGGUGGGAAAAGUGCAUAUCUGUUCCUUGAAGGUGUCCAAUAAAUGCAGAACAAGACAUUCUGCUGCUUUUUUACCUUUAAGCCUGUUUACAGCAUGCAGAAAAAGUCUGCUGGGAGGGUCGUGUAGCUUAACGGAAACACGAACGUCUAUCCAAAGAAAAUUGCCUCCAGGACCAAACUCGUCUUUUCUCUUUGUGCUUUCUCAGCUUGAUGGUUUGAACAGAGCUCCUCGGCUGGGUGAAAUUUAAAAAGAGGAAAAUUGAAAAGCUGCACUCUGAAAAGUAAUGAGAACGGGGUCACGUGUACUGUCAUCAUCCUAUUGUUAGGUUGGGUGUUAUUAGACAUUUCCAUGUGCAAAUGCUCCAAAAGCAAACACAGCGGCUCCACUAAGAGUUAGAAAUGAUCAGUGUGGCUGUUCUCACAGGCGUUACAAGAAACCUUAAGGUUUAGAACGUGAACCAACUUUAGCUAACGGGUGUGCACCGAGACUUUGAGUGCUUUUCCGUAGCUUGGGAUAUCACGAAGUACCGCAGUCGUGCAGAGGACAAACUAUUGCAGCUAGCUGUAAAAUGAACAGAAGGCUAACUUGGAUACUUAUUGAUAUUUGGUCAGAUGACUAUAUAUGUCAGUUCUUGAUGACCAAAAAGGUGACUUACUGUUUUUCAUGGUCCACUUGUUCUGUGUAAAAAGAAAGAAAAGUUUCCGACUGGUGUGGUUGCAAAAUGACCUCUGGUGGUGCAGACGUUUAUGCUCCCUCGCUGUGACCUCAGUAAACACUUUGUUGUUGACUCUGUGGGCUCGGUCACUAGUCUCAAGUCUGAGUGAUUAAAACAAGUUAUGGUCAUUAUAUGGGUCAGGUUGGGUCAAGUUAUUAGACAAUAAGCAUGCAAUCAGAUCCUCCCCUUGUUGGUCAAAGCGUCUUGAUAGCAACGAGGAAAAUGCUCAGCUUGAGGCUUUUUCAGCAGGUGGCCCAGUGUUUAAAACUGUCUCAUUGUCACACUGAAAUCUUAAUUUUAAAAACGGAGCUUAAAGACAUGCUGCACAUGAACAGAGCUGAUGAACUGUAAACUGUUUCGAUGGGUAUAUUAGCUGGUUGCCUUCCUGACUUUUCUGGAGGAAACGUGGUGGGGCAGGCAGAUGUCGUGUGAUCCUCGAGCUUGUUGAGGUGGUAGUUGGCUGUUUGUUGUGGUUUGUAAAUAGCGUAGCUCCAGGCUAGGCGCAGUGCUGUCAUAGCUGCUCUGAGAGAUGAGGAGGAGAUAGAGAGUUGUAGUUUUCUUGCAGUGUAUUCACCUUGAGGGGAUAAACAUUUCAUGCCGCUAACACUAACGAGGGGUUUCCACCCCGCUUCAGCGCACACGCGUGUAAUAAUAAUGGUCUCCUACGUCAUUCUUCUCGCUCUCGGUGCUGAUUCGCAAUCUCAGAGUGCUGUUAUUUAGCUCGCACACAGCAUUAUUACUAAUGUCAGUGUUGUUAUCAUGUACUUACUGUAUGUAUGACGGUAGCAGGCAGAUUAAAAAUCUCUUUACAUCUUCUUACAUGUCGCAGGCCGCCGAGUCGCUGCACUGAUGCAGUUGGGGAUUAAGUGCCUUGCUCCAGGGCACUUCAGCAGUAUAUGUUCAUGUUAAAGGAAACACUUUUCAUGCAGUUCUUGUUGCUGGUUUUUCAGCACUUUUCGGGUUAAAGCUGCCAACUUUACGGUGGGUCGCUUGACUCGUAUUUCUUUUUCAGGUUGCUUUGACAUGAGUGACUCCGAGGGCUGGUUUCACAAAGACAGACUUUUAGUCUGGCUUACCUUUAAAGUCAGGCUUAAUUAGACAUCUGAAUGCUGACUCUCAGUCGGACUAAUCAGUUGUGAAAGGCAGAAAACUUUUAAAUAAAUAAUAAAUAUUCUAAUGUAAUAUUAUGAGGUCAGUGAAAGUGUCCAUUUUAAAUCAUCUAAAGUCAUACUGACACUAGUUAGUUUAAUU